CUAGAUAUCUUUUCUUUUCACCGCUUGUGCAUUGACUAAAGCUUCUAAACCUUAUGGUCGCAAUGUCUGCCAACUCAGAACUUAGGAAGCAAAUUGAAACUACGGUGAAUAGCUUUCUCGCAAGCUAUGAAGACGGAAGAAAAGCGAAUGACCCGUCCAUCAUCAACCGCGAUGUGACUCCAGACUGCAUUCGCCAACUCCUUCCCGCCUCAAUGUGCAAGACGCUCGGCCUUCCGGAAGAGUUUCUUAUACCCAAUGAUGUCUAUGAGAAGCUCUUCGCCGACGAUCUUGCUCUUGGCGGGAUGCACAAUACCGUGUCAAAGCACUUGACGAUCGACGUUGAGGCCCUGCGCGCGGCAGUUAAAAGUAGUGGAGAUAUGAUCUACCAUCAUGGCGAGACUCUGCAUCUAGAAUUUUCCUGGAUAUUCUAUCUUACUGGAGAUGGUACGAAGAUAAGCAGGGUUAUUGAGUUUGCUGAUAGCACCUCUGUCUUGAGGAUGGUGGCCAUCAUGAAAGAGCAUGGCGCCGAAAGUGGCCAGGGCCAAGAGGUUGAUUUUGACGCUACUGGAUAGUGCGGCGGUUGAAGGCGAUGUCCAGAGCCAUUGAAUAGUUAUUAUCUCGUG